AUGUCGGAAAUACCUAUUGCCUGGGCUAUGUGUUUUAUGUUGUGUGUAAGCGCCCACACCGGACACUCAAGCACUAUUCUAGAGCACAAAGCGAUCUCUCUCUCCAGUCCAAAGCGUGUAACUCUCGGUGUUUAUGUCAUAUACACUGAUGAUUUCGCGACGAAGUUCGCUAACUAUCAUCAUGAUCGACACGAAGCUAGAGGCUACUUCCGGUCGUUAUUAAAAGCUGUUGAACUGCGAUUCGGGACUACGAUGCCCAUAAUUCUUGAGUUGAUUCUUGUUGGAAGUCGGACUUCUCCCGCAAUAGACGCUGCGUGCCUUGUGCUGACAGCUCAGGAUGAAGGGGCUCCGGUAGACGCUGAAGCUACUCUUGGAAAACUUAAACAGUGCAAACAAGAUGACAGAGACCUGAAAGAAGCUGACGUACUGCUUCUGUUAACAACAAAAUCAAUUACACGGUCAAACCAAGCGUCCUGGCCAGGCAACGCAACACCACAAGGUAUAUGCACCUGUGAGAGCGUGGGUCUUGCCACAGACGACGGCCGAACUUUUUCGGGCACUCACCAAGUUUCUGUAGAAUUGGCAUUACUACUGCGAGCCACGAGGGACACUGAAGGAGGCGAAACUGAUUGCCUGCAAAGUCAGGGAUAUCUACUGUCAAGUCGAUUUGGCGGCUUACGAUAUCAGCCGUCGCGCUGCAGCGAGUUUGCAAUGUUUGUCUACCUGACGCAAGUUAACCCAAGUGAGCAAUGCUGGAAUGACGCACCCCAAGAGGCACCAUUCGCCAAUGAAUAUCCCAAGCAAUUCCCCUCUGACUAUAUGAAAGCAAAGAAUACAGACAUUUGUAAAACUAAAAUACCCGCUUGCGUGACACGUCUGGCUGGAGAUAUUGAAACCUGCAAGGUUAAUUGCUGUGGUGACAUGGAAGGAGAUCUGAAACUUUAUGUUGAUCCGCCAGCGCCCGAUGGAACUCCUUGCCAAGAUGAUGGGGUAAAGUUGCUUUCAUGA